AACGCACAGCACCCUUUAAAUUGGCAAUAAUGGAAAUUCGCGGUCGUGGUAGAGGUCGCGGAAACAACUCUUCCAUUACAUCUCGCCUGUCCGGCUAUAAUGACCAUGCCACUUUCAGUAAUAAUAAUAAUAAUAACAACAACAACAAUAACGACCAGAACUACGGGAACUCACAAGGCAACCAACGAGGUCGCGGUCGCGGUGGCAAUAGAGGACGGGGUCAACGUGGAGGUGGACGCGGCGGUAAUGCGGGAGGAUACAACAACUAUGGUGAUGCCAAUAUGGCCGCAUCCUCCGGCGGCGGCGGCAAUGUCGAGGUUAUUGUGUCCAACCAUCCUCCAGGAACAGACCACCAACUACUUGAGCUAUCAGUCACUCAGCUGGGGUCCGCACCGGCUCCGACCCCCGCACACCUAAAUCAACCUAAUAAACAGCAAUCCUCCUACAGUAGCCUCGAUAACAUUCAACGAUUCUUACAGCAAAGGUGGAACGCUGAGCAAAAGUUUUUGAAUUUAGACAAAAUGGGACUGGAUCCUCUGUAUAAACGUGUCAUGCACGCCUCAACUAAUGACGUUCGCCCAGCGAUGUUCAAACUCGCAUCAGAGACACUUGGCGACAUCGUUACUGUAUCACUGUCAUCAAAUCGUUUACGAUCAACCCAGCCAAUAUCAGCACUUGCUGAAUACCUUCCAAAUGUACAAAAUUUAUCACUGCAAGAUAACAACAUUUCGACAUAUAACGAUUUAGAACCAUUAGUUGGUAAAUUCAACAAUUUGCAUGAGCUGCUGCUGAAUGACAAUCCGAUAAAGACUCGUGACAUCGAGCGCAACGGAAAUGAUGUGCAGUAUCGAAGUGAGGUGACACGGAGGUUUCCAACACUGAGAAUGUUAGAUGGAGCACCAGUGGCACAAGCCAUUCAAUUCGACAUCCAAGCAGCCGAUCUGGAAGCCACUGAACAGCAAGCAAGAUUACCUGCAAGCGUCAAAGAAGGAUUUUUUGAUCAAGACUCGUCUCGCAUGGCGGCUAACGACUUUUUGGGCAGUUUCUUUCCUACCUUCGAUGGCAACAGAGCAGCGCUCUACGACCUCUACGAUGAAAACGCUAUGUUUUCUGUUUCUGUCAAUGCUGGAUUACCAAAACAUCGACAGAAACCGGGUGGUCCCUUUGUGAACUCAGGGGCUCCAACUGAUUGGCGAGACAUAAGCCGAAAUUUGACCAAAGUCAAAUCACUGAAACGAAGACUAGAUUGUUUAUACUAUGGUUCAGCAGCCAUUAUCCAACUAUUGACCACCAUGCCGCCAACGGUACAUGACUUGACAAGAGCUGACAAUUUCGUUACGGAUGCGUGGCAAAUGAAUGGUUUUAGUGGCUAUCCAGCUGUACUUUUCAUCAAAGUACAUGGAGAGUUUCGGGAUGGAGUGGCUGGAAAUAGUACCAAGUAUUCGUUUGAUAGAGUAUUUAUUGUUGGCCCAGCAACACCUGGAUCAAGAGCACAAGCAGCUGGCUGGAAUUAUGUGAUUCUUUCAGAUCAAUGGCAUAUCCGAGAGUACAGCACCAAUCAUGCUUUCCAACCGGAACCUGAUGUUCCAUUACCAGCAUUUGGACAGCCUGCUCAAGCUCAUCCAUUUCCACAAGCCCAGACUUUCGCCCCACCGCCUGCUCCUCAAACCUUUGGUUCCGCGCAACAGCAAGCACCACCAUUGCAAAUACCACAACCGCAACAGUCAUUUGCUUCGCCGCAUCACUUCAACUCGACGAUAGCACCACAACCACAGCAUACGUUUCCUCAGCAAUCAUUCACCCCACCUUCCGUUCAGUCGACUCCUCCUCCAGCGCCUCCCCCAACACCCCAAGUCGUCGCGCCUACGCCGCCACCCUCGGAGCGACCUCCUGGCCUUUCUGAUCAGCAGCAUGGUAAUGUUCUGAUGCUGAAACAACAAACUGGUCUGAACUAUUCAUUUGCACUCCAGUGCCUUGCUGAUAACGACUGGAGCAUGACUAACGCCUUGGAGUCUUUUGAACGACUGAAGAACAUCAAUGCCAUACCACCCGAAGCUUAUGGAUCGUAAUAGCUUACGACUAACGUACACUUCACAAUAAUCAAUUUUUAAAAACACGCCUCUUGCAUUCAGAGAAUAAAUCGGUCGAAGUAGGAAUAUUUAAUAUGACACAUCUGAUAUGCGAGUAACGACUAAGCAUAAUGGAGAGAACUAGUUGCGACGACACAAUAUCAUUGAGAGAUCAAGUAUAAGUCAGUUACGAUAGAAAUGGAGGAUAAAACUGUAGAAUCAAGUAGAUGCCUACACUAGUACAAUUGUAGCGUACUUCACAUAAUCAAUACCUGAUCGAAAGAUCUACUGACGCUU